UCUCUCCGUCAAAACAGAGCUGAAAUUUUGUAUGCGGUCUUCCUGCAUUCUCUCGGGCAUGAGCUUUUCGAAUUCUCUUGAUUCAGGAUUCCUCUGUCCAGAAUGCGGAGGCAGCUGAUCAUUUUCGCAGGCGUUCUAUGGGUUUUGGUCGUUCAAGGGCAGUCAAGAGCUUUUAUGAUCAGAACGUUCUUAAAAUUCACUGAUGCCUCGGGCGAUAGCGGCCAUAACGAGUCACAGAUUUCUCCUUCGCCGAGUCCCGCUUAUAGCGUUGGUUUGAAUUCUGGAGGACAAGACAAAGGGAAUGGAGGAGUGGGACGUUUUGAAACCAGCCUGACUGAUAAGAGAUGUGAUCAGAUGUCACCGUCUAAGGGGUGCCAGGUGUUGAAGAACGUGACGGCAUGCUGGCAAAAUGACACAAGAAGUGGCCCGCAAGGAUCAUUUAUUAUUAUUGUCUGGAAUGAUGAGGACAACUCACUGAACGUGAGUUUGACAUUCUUGCCCUCAAACGUUACUCUUGAGCCGAUAGAAAUAGCCAAGCACCGAGGCGAGCAGGUUCAGACUUCUGCUUCUCAUAGAUGGGUUUGACCUGUUCUGUUACAGGUCAAUAUCUCAGAAAACAUUGGAGGAAAUGACUCGGUAAUGCUAAAAGCUGAAAAUGGGAGUUGUAAAAUCAACUUUGGAAUAUCUCCUGCUCCGGACAGCCAGGUCGGGCCCGGCUAUGCGACCCCGUUGCAUGGUGCAUACCUAUUCGUAUUGAUAACUUUGACCCUUGUUGGGGCAUGGGCCAGCUUCAAGUUGAAAAAUGGUGGACGGCAUGUUGAUGGAGUCCGGUACCAGGAACUCGAAAUGGGGCAGCAUCCGGAAUUCCCUCCAGCAGCCAAUGUCCAUGCAGCAGAAGGUUGGGAACAGGGUUGGAGCGAUGACUGGGACGAGGAGACGGCAGUGAGGUCACCCCCGGCAAAAGCGCUUUAAGUAAUGGUCAGGCAAAUGGCCAUGCUUCCAGAUCUUCCGGCAGAGAUGAGUGGAAAAAUGAUUGGAAUGACUGAAUGAGUAGAAUAGCUUUUCAUGGAAUCUGAUCUAUUGCUCUAAAAAAAUAAAACAGGAAGCAAAAUGAGGCAGGGAAAGGAAAUAUAGAUUGCAUAGCAGGUGGAAGACAAACGUCAGCUGGCUCUCUUUUGACAUUUGUGCUUGCUGAAAGCAGCAUGUUCAGACUGGAUUAGUUGAAGUAAUUCUGUUCCUUUGAAAACAAGUUUUUCUCUUUUGAGAUAUAAGCUGCACACAGUUUUCUGUUGGUGUACCUCAAGAAGUUUGGCAACGUGUCUCAUAACAGUGGUGAUGCGCAGAACCGAGAUCGGAAGAUAGAGAAAGCGGAUACAAAUGGCGAUUCCGAGCGAAAGCAAUAUUAGCGGAAGAAAUCAACUCAUCAUUUCAGCUCUCUGCAGGCGCCUCCGCUUGGAACCUAACAAAUUCCAAGGCCACCUUUUGCAAAAGGAUAUUAAGAGCUUGUGUUCAAACAUUUUGACUUCUUCAGGAAGUUGGGCCACCCUUGAAAGCAACAGUGAGGUGACUAAGUGGAUGGAGUUCAUAGAGAAUCUUCCUGCAGAUUCUGAGUCUUGCUUAAGGGCUCUCAAUGAGUUAAAUGGACACUUGGCGUCAAAGUCUGUUCUUGUUGGGGAAGGUUUGUCACCAUCUGAAGCUGAUAUAAUUGUCUUCUCAGCACUAUAUUCCUCUGUGAAAGGUCUUUCAGAUUCAGAUAAGAGGAGCUUGCCACAUUUGUUCAGGUGGAUAGAUUACAUCCAGAAUAAGGAGGACUUUGGGAAAUCAUUUGAACAGAUUUUGGUGGAGAAGGACAAAUUUGAGCCUCCAUAUGAUUUUACACAGGCUUCUAAAAUCAUUGAGAAGGUUGAAGGUGAUUCAAAUGCCAAGACUGUGCAAGGCUCAAAAGAUGCAAAUGCUGUAGAAAAAGUUUCUGCUUCAAGCAAGAUUGCUGAUGUGGGAAAGGUCAAAGGUGAUAGUCAAUCUACAACAGAGAAGAAAAAAUUGCCUGAAAAAGUAGCAGAUGAGAAAGAUCAAGAUAUUAGUGUUAGCUUGCUGAAAAUACAGGUUGGCUUCAUUCGCAAAGCAUGGAAACAUCCAUCAGCUGACAGUCUGCUGGUCGAGGAGAUAGAUAUUGGAGAUGCUAAAUUGCGUCAGGUGGUCAGUGGUCUGGCAAAGUAUUGCAGUCCAGAUGAGUUGAUGAACUGCCGUGUGGUUCUAAUCACUAAUGUGAAACCUGGAAAGCUAAGAGACGUGAUGUCAGAAGGAUUGGUGUUAUGUGCUUCUAAUGACAAUCAUACUGUUGUGGAGCCUCUGAUUGCCCCAGAAGGUUCCAAAAUUGGUGAAUGUGUUUCAUUUACUGGGCAUGAGGGAAAGCCAGAAGAAGUUUUGAACCCAAAAAAGAAACAGUUAGAGAAGAUUACUCCGCAUCUUUUCACUGAUGAGAAGGGCGUGGCGACAUUCAAAGGAAUUCCAUUCAUGACAUCUGCUGGGCCAUGCUCAUCUUCCAUUCCCAAAGCAAGCAUCAAAUAGAGAAGCUGGUUGGAUUACACACAAACACUUGAGCGGCCAAUUCAUUUUCCCUUCAAACCGAUUUCCUUGCUGUUCCUGAAGUACGGUUGCAGUUCAUGUCUCAUUUUCGAGGUCUCGACCUUGGAGAAUGCCUCAUUGAAAGAAAAGGAUAUCCAUCUUAGCUUUUCCUUUUGUUAGAGAUAGAUAAACUUUAUGUUACCUGAUGAAGAGAUUGUACACGAGAAACUCUUCCACUUUUUAGACCCAAACUUGUUCGUCUGGUUUAAGGUAAUACGGGUUUUGGGUGCUCACAAUCAAUAAUUCUAAGGAGGCCAAGCAUGCACGAGCAUGGUUGGAUAAUGCUUGUUGGGUCUGGGGUCUCUUUCUCCUCUUAUUCAAUUCACUCAAUCAUUGAUAUGUGUUUUUC